CUCAUUGGAUACAUAGAGCCGCAUGCUUAUUUCGCAUUACAAAUUGUGAAUUAAUGAAAUGGCAAACAGAGCAGGUGAAGUAGUGUGUGUUACUGGAGGCAGCGGCUAUAUUGGUUCAUGGCUGGUCCGUUUCCUUCUCGAGCGUGGCUACACUGUUCACGCCACCAUCAAAGAUCUCAAUGAUGAGAAAGAGACGAAGCAUUUACUUGCCUUAGAAGGGGCUGAAUCCCGUCUCCUUCUUUUCCAAAUUGAUCUAAUUAAUUACGACUCAAUUGUCCCCGCCAUUACUGGUGCUGUUGGCGUUUUCCACCUUGCUUCCCCCUGCAUUGUCGAUCAAGUUAAAGAUCCCGAGAAUCAGCUUCUGUCGCCAGCAAUCAAAGGCACUAUGAAUGUACUUACAGCGUCAAAGGAGCUGGGGGUUAAACGUGUGGUGGUGACCACAUCUGUAUCGGCCAUCAUUCCAAGUCCUAAUUGGCCGGCUGAUCGUGUGAAAAAUGAGGAUUGCUGGACGGAUAUUGAUUACUGCAAACAGAAAGGGGUACGCUCCUUUCUCUAUCUUCUUUAUCAAAAUUAUACCUUUCCCUUAUCAUACUUCCAUUUUUUCUUUUCUGCUUGGCUUGUCUUUGCCUUUCCUUUGCUUCUUAACAUUGCUUAUGUGGUCUAUGUGUUUUGGUUUCUUUGGCAUUUGGAUUAGAAAACGGUAUGAUUU